AUGGAAGUACAGCUUACAAAAAAUGACGUGCAGAUCACGUUUGCCUCGUCAUUGGAGGCUAAAGCACAUACAAAUAACGAUAAUCAAUCACCUGCUUUUAAAUAUAACCCUCUCAAAUACAACCUAGUGGACGAAAAUCAAGAAGAUACUAUUAUCGCAGUGCAAGAGAAUGUUGUUAAUGUUGAAGAAGGCGCUGUUCCAAAGUUGAGUCCAGAAGAAUUAGUGAUAUAUAAUAGUUUGAAGGUUGCAGAAAAAGUUACUUUUUUGAAGACUUUACUAAAAUUAUAA